AUGGCGUCUUCGUCUUCUUCCACGCCGCUGCUCUACGCAUGCAUAGCUCACAACACAACCGUCUUGACCGAACACACCGCCUCGGCCUCCUCUAAUGCCUCCUCUCUCGUCUCUCUCGUCCUCCCACGCAUCGCCCACGACAAAUCCGCCCACAAAACCAUCGAUCAAUCCAAGUUCUUCAUUCAUUGCCUCGUCAAGUCGCCUUCAGACUUCCCCAACAAUCAGUCCACGGCCGGCGGCCUCACCUUCCUCGUUAUCGCUGAACGCGACCUCGGCCAGCGCAUACCCUUUGGCUUCCUGACGAACCUCGAGAAGAAGUUCUUUGCUGAAUUCGAGCCUGGAAGCACAAACUUCCAUGACUUGCCGCCGUAUGGGUGCGCGAGUUUCAACGGCGCGUUGAAGAGGAUGAUGGUAGAGCAGGGUGGUACUCAGGCUGGACAACAGGAUGCGCUCAGGACGGCGCAGCGCGAGAUCGAGGGCGUAAGGGAAAUCAUGACAGAGAACAUUGAACGUGUGCUGGAGAGGGGCGAACACAUGAGUGUCCUGGUUGAUAAGACUGGCAGACUGGGUGAGAAUGCGAGGGACUUCAGGGUCAGGUCACGGACGCUAAAGAGGAGGAUGUGGUGGAAGAACGUCAAAUUGAUGGUACUGCUAACGCUGGUUGUCAUCUUUUUGAUCUACCUAUUUGUCGGCUUCGGCUGUGGUCUUCCUGGUUGGGGGCGAUGCCUCGGCCACUAG